GUUUUUAUUAAGCUGUCAAUUGAUGUAUAUAUUUUUUCCUGGUUAAACAUUUGACAAUUAGAUAUUAAAAUGGAUAUGUCUCUGUGUACACGUAGUGCAGAUUGAAAGAGUUUUCGUUUAUCUACCAGGGGCUGUAAUACCAAUAUAACCAGAUGAGACCCACACUGCCCCCUGACACCAACAUGUACUCAAGCCCCACAGUGACCCAGACUCCUAUCCUCAAUCUCCUCACCUACCUUACCUAAACCAUGCUUCAAUCUUAUAAAUGUGCAUUGAUAUUGUACAGACAGAUUAAGAUGUACAAUCCAAAGUGUACAUCAAGACUGAAAGUAAAGCUGUUAUUCUUGUAAACAUAUUUGAAAUGGAAAAUUUGUUGAAUGAGCUUUGGCAGAUAACAUAGCGUAAUGGAGAACAUUAAAAUGUUUGAAGUCCCGUAACAUUUGUUAUAACACUUUCCAAGCAUUGCAAAUGUGAAUUAAACCAUCAGUGGAUAAAAUGUUGAGUUAUUUCCCUUAUCCACAUCUUAAAGAAUUGUAUUUUCAACAGAACCGACUGCCAAGUGCAAACCCCACGAGGAGCUUUGUCGCAGGCACUGAAAAUACUGAAAGGAAAGCAGUGAUUAACCGAACUUCUCAAAGAGAUUUCACUAAGUCACUUAAUGUGACAAGGCCGUUGACAUCCAGGGAAACUCUUUCGGAUUCAGAUGACAACCAGUCAUUUGUUCAGUCUGUCACAGUUUUAAAGAAUUCUUCUGAAGACUGCAAAUAUUCCAUCCACACUGGCUUGCCUACCAGCAGCUUACACGAAGACAGCAACGCUGAACAGCUGAGGGAAUCAUUUCUUGAGUCAUUGAAAUACAAACACAACAUUGGCAACCCUGAACUCAAGCACAGGUCAGCAUUUACAGAUUUAAAUUUAGGUAUGAGAGAACCCAGGAAAGCAGUUGAAUGUCAGAGGCCCAGCCAUAGUGACUCAUGUUCUUGUGGGACAUAUCAUUCACAUCGCUUCAAAAUAGCAAAUCAGUUACCUUCCCACACUGAUACACAGAGACCUAGAAUACCUCAGAAGAAAAGCCAUGAAGUGAUUCAAGGCAAUGAAAAUCAGAUGGUGAUAUGUGAGUUUUUCUGGAAAGCAUCACUUAGUUUCUGUGAUUACCGAGCAGGGAUGAAGCCAGUGGGGUUUGAGAAUCUGUGGCCAGGUGAAAGGCAAUUGGAGGGGCUGAUGGUUGACGGCCUCGAGGAACUCGUGCGGAGGGGUGCUGUGUGGGACUUUUGCUACCUCAUACUGGCUGAUGGCCCCAAAUAUGCGCUCAAAUACCUCCUCGAUAAGAACAUACUGGGUGUGGACGGAUUAGUGGAAGGUGACACAGGUCUGCUACAUCUGGCGUGCGUCCUACACAACAUGGAGGCUGUACAGGUGCUCACACAGUAUGGCAUCAGCAGCAAAAUCAAGGACAGGAACGGCAAAACUGCAGAAAUGGUUUGUUGGAACCCAGCUAUCCGGAAGCAGCUGCCAGCCCGCUACCUCCAGAACCCAUUCUUGCCAGAUCGGAGUAAGCAGCUGACCUUUGCCAAGCCCGGUCUUCAAGAAAAGGAAGCUAUCUUUAAACUCGCGGCAAACCCCCGGGCAUUGUAUGAACUGCAGAAAAAACUGCAGAUGUUCAACUUUUCUGUAAAUGAAGAGCAGAACCCUGAAGGCGACUUCCUUGUACAUGUGGCGUGUAGAGCAGGUUUGUGCCAGUUAGCAGUACUGUUGUCGCUGGUAAAGGUGCAGGGAGCGGACAUGAACUUGUGUAAUCGGGAUGGGAUGACCCCACUCAUGAUUGUGGCAGAAGCUGGGGAUAGCCAUCUAUGUGAUACAUUAAUGUGCUUGUUUGGAGCAGACCCAAAUAAACAAAACACUAAGACAGGGAAGACUCCAUUGCACUACGCUGCAAUGUUAAAUCAUGUUAAUGUUGUCAGUGUGUUACUGAAGCGUGGAGCAGAUGUUAACAUAUCAGACAGCGAUGUAUGUCUCCCUGAUGACCUGCCCCACCCUGCAGAAGACUGUCAACAGCUCAUCCAGCUACAGCGAGCCCAGAGGUGUGCCAACCUGGCAGAGAAAGUGAAAGAGGACACAUUGUCUGCUGCAGAUCUACGAGCCAGUGACCUUGAGGUUGUCAGCGAGGACGGCUUCACUCUGAUUAUGCUUGCUGCCAUGCAUGAUAGAGUGCAUAACCUGGCAGUAAUGCUUGAAAAAUCCAGAAAAUCAAUUGACGCCCAACAUGCAGAGACUGGCCUAACAGCACUGGGGUUCGCAGCUAAGGCUGGUUACAGUGCUUGCUGUACUGAGCUCCUCAGACAUGACGCCAGUGUUGGUAUCAGGGACAUGAAGGGUUACAUGCCCCUGCAUCUGGCCGUGUUGUACAGUCAUGAGGCAGUGGUGGACACAUUCCUCAGCAAGUUCCCUACCUCCUAUGUUGGUCUAUACACUGCACUCAGACUAUGUAGGAAGUCAUCAAUUCAUGAUAAGCUGACUGCAGCAUUUGAAAAACGGCAGGAGCAGAUUGUAUCUCCUGUACUGCGCAUCAGUGCCAUGGAGGGGGAUGCGGGGAAACUGUUCUGUGUGCUGGAGGAUGGGGACAAUGUCAACUCCAAGAGUGUGCUAGACAGUCACCCAGCCAUGAUGUAUGCUGUGGAGAAUGGACAUCUGGAAGUUAUACAGCUACUUGUUGAGAAAGGUCUAGAUCUGAAGAGGCGAGAUGUUCGUACAGGCGACACAGUGCUGCAUGUGGUGUCACAGACUGGUCACAUGGAAAUGGCAAGCUACCUUAUGGACUUCUGCAGGAAACUUGGCAACCGGUCAACACAGACAACACCCAGGGAGCGACUACUGUGUCGGAACAUGCUUGAUAUCAACGCUUCAAACAACGAGAAGAAAACUCCUCUACAGACUGCUGCUGAAAAAGGUUAUGUUAAGCUGGUGAAACUACUGAUAGACAAUGGUGCCACAACGUCUUUCCUGAACCAGCAAGGAACUCUGUUUAUAUCUCCAGAGUAUGAAGGGGCCACAAUACUCAUUGAAACUCACCGCAAUGAGCACACUUCCACUGUCAUGAAACUCGUGGCUGAUAAACCAAAAAAAUCUCUGCCUAAACUAGCUGAAAUAUUCCUGCCUCGUUAUGAUCACAACUUACGGAGUAGGCAUGGAGACACGCCCCUGAUGGUGGCGUGCAGGUUUGGGCGAGAGGAGACGGUCAAGUUCCUCUUGCACUCUGCUGUGUAUGCUAAUCUCAUUGGUGUUGAUGAAGGGUCAGACCAUUCAGAGGCAGAUUCAGGUGUUUUAGAUGCCCAUCCUGCCAGAACUCCGGACAUUUACAGAGGUACAGAGGACUUAGAGAGGUCGUACGACCAGGCCGACAGUUAUGGAGCUGCUGAACUCACUCGUUCUCUAAACCCAUAUGAUAUGUCAAGCACUGUUGGGCCACCGGACAACAGGAGUGUGGUUGGCUCGAGCAGAAUAAGGUCCUACCUACAAGAUGUGGAGAGACCCAAAGGGCUUUAUAUAUACCAUGAUUCAGUAGUAAGCCAUGUGUGUGCUGUGAACCUGUUUGAUGGCAACACUCCACUCCACUGCACAAUAGAGAUUUCCAACAACACGGUGAUAGCCAGCGCUCUCAUAGAUGCGGACAGUUCUGUUGUCAACAUGCAGAAUGAUGCCGGGCUCAGCCCAGUACACAUGGCCUGUCGUUACGGACGCAAGAAAAUACUGGAAAAACUGCUUAGUGUUGAGGGAGUUGACCUGCUGCUAGUCACUCUAGCUGGUCAGCUGCCGGAGGAACUGACCAGAAACAAGACGCUCAUCAGGAUGGUCCACAAGGCCAGGAUAGAGAUGCAGGGUCCUCGUUACCGCGUAGAUACAGCUUCUCUUACUGAGUCUGUCCCGUCCCUGCCGAGCACGACUCGGGCCUCGACCAUCAACUUUGACCGCAUAGAGGGCUACUUCCAGUCCCUCCGUAUGGAACAGUCCAUGCAAAGAAGUACAGCUGAUCUCACCAAGCGGGCUCCUAGAUAGGGGAGGGGAGUGGGAAUAUGUGCAAUAAUGUGAUGGAGGGAUGUUUGCAGAAUUUACAACAGAAGAUAUUCUGGAUUUUAAAGGAGAUAAAAUUGUCUUAGCAUUUAUUUGUGUGUUUGGGGUAUAGAACUUGUAAGACAAUUUUUUGAACAAUUUUAGAGUGAUAUCUAAUGCAAUGUGGUAAUAUUGUUACAAAAUAAGUACUAAGUCUCGUGAGAUUGUAAAGUUGUUAUGACAUUAAAUAUACUCCAGGGGCAUCAUUAAUCAGCAUUUUUGUGUUCAUACAUAUAUUUUUGUUAAAAACUAUUUAUAUCAGCUUUUACAUGUAUAUUAAUACUGUUAUUUUGUUCUUUGCAAAAUUACAAGAGGCCAUAAUAAGUUGUUUUGAAUGGAUAUUUGUCUUUAAUUCGUGCAAUAUACAGCAUUAUUUAUACAGAUAUUGUUAUUGACUUAUUUGUUCAGCAUUCCAGUAAACAUUACUAUUUCGUA